AUGGAGGUCCUGGCGGUUGCGGACGCAAUCAUUCUCAAGUAUCUCGAACUUCCAUCUACUCUGAAAAAACGUGUCUUUGGGAAUGGAAGGUUCAUGCUCGAGAACGGGGAUCACUGCCACUUUCUGAAACCGCUAUCGUCGAAAAGACUAUUCCGUGAAGCGAAUCGAAAGAUGAACUGGAGAUACUUGAAGAGGAUAAUUACAAAAGCUUGCUCGCAACCGUCCGCGGAUUCAGAAUGGAAACAGUGGAUGGAGAAUCAACAAACUGGCGUCGUGGCUGGGGAAAAUAUGACACUCCUAGUCCAGAAAUACGGGGAUAUAUGCGAUAUUCUGGGUCACGGCUCGUUUGGGGCCGUUUUUCUGUCGCACAAAAUCCAAGAGUGGAACCCGAACAUUCAUCGCUUUUACGCAGUCAAAGUCUUCCGCCGUGAAGCACAAACAACCGAAACAGCUUACCAGAGGCGCGUUGAGUCCGAGUUUUACAUAUCCUCUUCAUUGCAACAUCAAAAUAUUGUUCGGACUUUCGAGUUGCUUCGAAUAGGUAAUGAUAGCUUUUGCGAAUGCUUGGAGUAUUGUUCCGGUAGGGACCUGCAUUCAUUGGUAGCCACAUCCGGUCAGCUGGAAGAGCCAGAGGCCGAUUGUUUCUUUAAACAGCUCAUGCGUGGCGUCAGCUAUAUCCAUAAGAUGGGAAUUGCUCAUCGCGACUUGAAGCCGGAGAAUCUUCUUCUCAGCACCAAUGGCUGCCUGAAGAUUUCCGAUUUUGGAAGCGCUGAAUGUUUCCGCCUUGGUUGGGAAAACCAGAUACAUAUGUCCAGGACACGUCGCGGUUCACGCCCUUUUGUAUCGCCGGAACAAUAUCUAUGCGAGGAAUUUGAUCCUAGAUCGGUCGACAUCUGGGCUGCCGCUAUGACUUACCUUGUGAUAAGAACAGGUAGGAUUCCAUGGAAGAUAGCGACCGAUCAAGAUGAAUCUUUUCGAGACUACGUCGCAGACCUUACCGAUUUCCCGUCCUAUCUGGCUGUUGUGCUAACUCUGCAGCAACAGACAGCAAGUCGACGAGUCAUAUAUUCGAUGCUAGAUAUUGAAAACGUGCGCCGGCCUAUCGCACCUGAAAUUCUUGAUUCCCGGUGGCUACAAGAGACUAAAACCUGCACAGCCGCUGGAUCAUGA